UUGUACUAAGUAAAAGAACAAUGAAUAAGAAAAGGUAUUUUCUGGACCACCCAGUGGUCAAAGAUUACAUGGUUAAAGGAGAAAGGUUUACCAAGUGGUCAGAGGACUCCAACAAGACUGUUCCUGUAACUAUGAAGAUGGAUAUGAAAGGAUUUUACCUCUACUGGACAAAUCAAAGCAAGGAGACAACAUUCUUGGAUGUGGCUACAAUCAGAGAUACCAGAACAGGAAGAUACGCUAAACUUCCCAAACAUCCUAAGGUCCGCAAUGUGUUCAACUUGGAUUUCCCGGACAGCAAUCACCUGUCCAAAACACUGACUGUUGUCUCCGGUCCUGAUACCGUCAACCUCACCUAUCAUAACUUCUUUGCCUCCAAGGAUAAAGUGACACAGAACUGGGCCAAUGACAUUCUUGCAAUUGCUUACAAUGCUGCCAGAAAUAAUGCCUGCAGGCAAGUUUUCCUGGACAAAAUAUAUGUUCGGAUUUGUCUUCAUACCAACAAGGACGGCAAGAUCCCAGUGAAAAAUAUUUACAAGAUGUUCCCUGCUGAUAAGAAGAGGGUGGAAAGCGCCCUGGCGUCUGCACAUCUCCCUAAAGGAAAGUAUGACAGCAUGAAGUCUGAUGUCUUCACUGAAUCGGCCUUUAAGAACUUCUUAGCACAUCUCUGUCCUCGCCCCGAAAUCUAUGAGAUCUUCACUGCUUACUCCAACAAACCCACCAUGACGAAGGAACACUUCACCAAGUUCCUCAAUGAGAAGCAGAGAGACUCUCGCCUCAACGAGGAACUGUUUCCCCGACUGCGGCAGGACCAGAUUCGAGCUUUGAUGGCCAAAUAUGAACCCUGCAACACCAACUGUAACAGAGGUCUGAUUACUCCAGAAGGUCUUCUGUCCUUCCUCAUGGGUCCAGAGACCUCUGUCGUCAUGCAGGACAGGCUGGCCAAGUGUCAGGACAUGACCCAGCCCAUACCCCAUUACUUCAUUAAGUCCUCCCACAACACAUACCUAACAGCUGGUCAAUUUUCCGGUGUUUCCUCUCCGGAGAUGUACCGCCAGUGUCUGCUGUCCGGAUGCCGGUGUCUGGAAUUGGACUGCUGGAAGGGGAAACCACCAGAGGAGGAGCCAAUCAUUACACACGGCUUCACCAUGACCACUGAGAUCCUUUUCAAGGAUGUGAUUGAGGCCAUUGCUGAGAGUGCCUUCAAAACCUCACCGUAUCCUGUUAUUCUUUCCUUCGAAAACCAUGUUGACUCGGUGAAACAGCAGGAGAAGAUGGCCAACUACUGCAAAACCAUAUUUGGUAAUGCCUUGCUGACAGAGCCCCUGGACAAAUACCCACUGAAGCCAGGUCAGCAGAUCCCGAGUCCAUCUGAGCUCAUGGGCAAGAUCCUGAUCAAGAACAAGAAGGGCAGCCAUGAGAAGACAAACCAGACGACAACAAAGAGCAGCACAACAGCCAAUGACCAGACGACAACCACAGCUUCAAACGUACAAAACGCUGACACGCUUUCCCAAGAACCUGUCAACCAGACGAGCAGCAAUACGGACAACCAAGAUGGGGGACCCGCGGGGGAGGACAAUGAGGAGCAAGAGGACACAGGUGAACAGGAUGAGGAAAAAAUGAAGACAUGCGACGAGGGCACAGCUGGACAGGAAGUAACAGCAUACGAGGCGAUGUCAUCACUGGUCAACUACAUCCAGCCAAACAAAUUCAUCUCUUUUGACAAUGCCAGAAAAAAAAACAAGAGUUACGUCAUCUCGUCUUUUGUGGAGACCAAAGGGGAGGCUAUGAUUGCUAAGACUGCUGUUGAAUUUGUGGAAUAUAACAAAAGGCAAAUGAGCAGGAUUUACCCCAAAGGGACAAGAAUGGACUCUUCCAAUUUCAACCCCCAGCCCUUUUGGACAGUCGGUUGCCAGAUGGUGGCGUUAAAUUAUCAGACAAUGGACUUCCCCAUGCAGCUGAACAUGUCUCUGUUUGAAUUCAAUGGGCGGACAGGCUACAUCCUCAAGCAUGACGUCCUGCGACGCGGCGACAAGAAGUUUGACCCUUUUUGCGAGAGGAUUGACACAGUUGUGGCCAUCACGCUGACCAUUAAGAUAUAUUCGGGACAGUUUCUGUCGGACAAGAAUGUGAGAACAGGAGUCGAGGUGGAAGUUAUUGGACUGCCAGGAGACCCGAAGAAGAAAUAUCGCACCAAAUUGUCCACCACACCCAACUCCAUUAAUCCAGUGUGGAAUGAGGAACCUUUUGUGUUUGAAAAGAUUCUCCUCCCAGAAAUGGCCUCUCUGAGAAUGGUAGUCCAUGAUGAAAACUGCAAAUUCAUUGGACACAGAAUCAUCCCACUUGAUGCCAUUCAGUCAGGCUUCCAUCACAUCUGCCUGCGUAGCGAGAGCAACAUGCCGCUCACUCUGCCUGCUCUUUUUGUAUACAUUGAGGUCAAGGACUACAUCCCUGCUGCUUUUGCAGAUUUCACAGAUGCUCUAUUUAACCCAACUAAGGGCACAGAGAAGACAACAAGAAUGCCCAAAGAGUCAUCAGCAGACUACCUUUCUCCUUAUGAGUUGCCUUUUGUGGCCCAAACUGAGGUGACUGAAAGAGAACCACCAGUAGAAAAGGUGUUCUCUGAACCAAACCCACCCAUUGAAGCAAGUUACCCACCAUCCCAAGACGAUGCUCCACCUGAACCGAAUGCCGAGGACACUGCAGGAGAGUCAGACACUCCACAACCUGAAUCUCUUCCUACGGUUGCUGAUGCACAAGAUGCUUCACCCCAAGCAGGAAGUGCCACAUGUCAGACACUUCCAGGUCCCCCUGAGGAUGAGCAUGACACAGAGGAGUCAAGCACUGACUCCACAAACUCUGAGCUUAUUUCAGAUGACAAACCAGUUGAAGAUGACGUUCAAGGAGAGCCUACUUCAAGUUCAUCAGCUGAAUGUGCAGAGUCAGAUCAAUCAUCUUCAGCUUGUGGCGAAGAAUCUUCCACUGUGACGACCGGAGAGCUGACACAGCAAAAGAGCUACUUGAAGAUCAUCAAGCAUCAGGAGAAGGAGAUGAAAGAAACAGAAAAGAAGUAUGACAGAAAAGCAGAAUAUCUGACCCAGAAAUACACGGAAGCUUUCAAGGCUUGCAAGAAAAAGUCAUCGCUGAAGAAAAAAGAGACUUGCCUGAUUGGAGGAAGCACAUCCGACUUCAGCAUGAAGACAGCGGAGGAGAACAAGCAAAAAAUGCAAUCUGAGUUGCACACUUUGUGGACGGAACAGUAUGUUCACCUGAGGAGGAAGAAGGAGCAAUGUGCAACAGAGAGACUGGCUAAGCUGAUGGAGAUGGCCUCUGAGAGACACAGCACUGAACUGAAAACCUUGGGGAGCGAAAUCAAAGCGCAGAAGAAGAAGACGAAAUCUUCAUGCUCAGAAAACGCCAAGCUUAAAAAAGCAACAAGUAUGGAGUUGUUGGAUGAGCCUGAUGCAUCAGACAGUGUGCCUUGUGAUUACAGCACCCAACAAGAGACUCUGAUGGUGAAACAGGCAGCAACACUGGAGGAGAUCAAGGCUCUGACAAAUCAGCUUAAUCAGGAGGCACUGAAGGAGCACGAAGAUAAAAUGAGGUCUCUGUCAGCGGAGGUGAGGCAGGCUGUGAACGCAUGUGUGGGCGCUCAUUUCCCUGAACUCAUCGACCAGGCUGUCACCAAUAAAGCUGAGGGGGCAAACUUCUAUGGAGAUGUCUUUUUGGGCUAGAUUCUUCCUUCGUGGGACACUCCAUUUUGGUGGUGCAGUGGAUUUGUGUGUGUUUGGACUUCAUAUGAUGAUUUGAAGGUUUAUAUACUUAAAUUUCAUUAUACAAACCCGAAGAAUAUAGUAGAAAUUAGGAAAUAUUAUGGGUGAUUUUAAAAGGAAAAUGUUGUAAUAUUAUGAUCAUGAAAAUAUACUGUUGAAGAUGAGGGCAAAAAAGAUAAACAAUAUACUCCACACCAUGACAAGGAGCAUGGGAGUUUUGAUUUGUCAUUCUUUAAAAUUAAAACAUCAUUAAAACAUGCUUACUACUACUAAAUGGCUUACUACUAUCAUUAUUGUAAUAUUACAACUUGUUUUCCUGGGAAAAAUACAAAUUUUUUGUUAUAUUUCUACAACUUUCUCAUGUUUUAUCGUAAUACUCCUUUGUAAUGGUUAGACCAAUGUCCCUUAAAAGACAACUUAAAAGCCCUAAGCCUAUCCUCUAAACACUAUAUAUGGAUUUGACAGUUAUAAAAGACAAGUUAUUAUACUUUAUUCACUUUUCUGAUCUAUAAAUGUUGUAUUCUCGUGUUAAAUGAUGCCAAAGAGUCAGAUAAUGAGAUUUGUGAGUCCUGAAAGACGUUCUGUUUUACAAAUAUGGGCUGCAGAUUCCCUGCACUUAGUAAACGCUGACCUACAUAUCCGUAAUUCCUUAGGAGAGUUUGGGAGUGUAACCAAUCACAGCAGAGUAGGCGUACCUAAAGGAGGACCGGAGGGGUGGAGUAAAUUAAACAGAUGGGGCGGAAGCAGGAAGUCCAUGGAAACACUGAAAACAGAGGUGCAGAGUCUAGAAGAUCUAGAAAGCGUUCUGUGCAGGUUAUCGUGUUAGCUAGUCCACAACUCAAUAUAAAGUACCGAAAAUGAAUAUUUUUCACUUAUAAAACAUCAACAUCAUGCUUUUUGAAGAAGACUGCAGGCAAACCCAAUGACACAAACAGAUUCACAUCUUAGUAGUUAGUAGAUCAUUCCAACACUGAAUCUACGACUCAUCAUCAAUAGCGUAUCAAUCAACUGACUCUUAACUCUACGCUAACUCUUAAUGCAGUUUAUUGCUUGAUUGGUUUGCAAAGUCUGUUAUUCAUGCAGCAUAGCCUUUACAAUAUAUUUCUUGUCUUGUGAUAAA